GCGGCAUUUGGACGGCACUUCCGGUGGCUCGGCGGCGGCCGUGCGCCCACCCUGAGCGCGCCGGGACACGCAUGGCGCGGGCUCCAGCGCCCGGCCCGCGGACGCCGCUUCGCCUCUUGGCGACCGGGAUGCCCCGCCCGGGCUCCUCCCAGCCCCCCCGGUGACACCGCAGCCGGGCACGGAGCCGCAGGCCGAGCGCAGUAACGCAGCUGGCGGCCCCGAGGCGCACGGGGGCGGCGCUGAGGCGCUGCGGGGCCCUGCAGCGCCCGCCCCGACCGGAGGAGGCGGGUCCCGUGGGCGGGGCUUGCUCAGGACACGCCCCCCGCGUCCCUGCCCGCGCCGGCGGCUCAGCUCCGCGCUCGGACGCCGCCACCGCGGGCUUUGCCUCGGCACCAGGAGCUGCGCCUGGAGAUAAUAGGAGGUGAACUGCGUGUCCUUUCAGCAGCCUUCUGUUAAACUUGGAAUACUCCAGUUCAAGCGAUUGAACAGAUGGAUAAUGGAGACUGGGGAUAUAUGAUGACUGAUCCAGUCACGCUAAAUGUGGGUGGACACAUGUACACGACAUCCCUCACAACUCUAACGAGAUAUCCCGACUCAAUGCUUGGGGCCAUGUUCAGGGGAGACUUCCCCACUGCCAGGGACUCUCAGGGCAAUUACUUUAUUGACAGAGAUGGACCACUUUUCCGUUAUGUUCUUAACUUUUUAAGGACCUCAGAGCUCACUUUGCCACUGGACUUCAAGGAGUUCGACCUGCUUCGGAAGGAAGCGGACUUCUAUCAGAUCGAGCCGCUAAUUCAGUGUCUUAACGACCCCAAGCCGCUGUAUCCCGUGGAUACCUUUGAGGAGGUGGUGGAGCUCUCCAGCACCCGGAAGCUCUCCAAGUACUCCAACCCGGUGGCUGUAAUCAUCACGCAGCUCACUAUCACGACGAAAGUCCAUUCCUUACUGGAAGGCAUUUCCAACCACUUCACCAAGUGGAACAAGCAUAUGAUGGACACCAGGGACUGCCAGGUUUCCUUCACUUUCGGGCCCUGCGAUUACCACCAGGAAGUGUCGCUCAGGGUCCAUCUGAUGGAGUACAUCACAAAGCAAGGCUUCACGAUCAGGAACACCCGAGUUCAUCAUAUGAGCGAGCGUGCCAAUGAAAACACAGUGGAGCAUAACUGGACUUUCUGUAGACUGGCACGGAAAACAGAUGACUGAUUCUGACUCCACAGGAGCCACUUGAGUGAUUAGCAACUUAAUUGGACGGUAAAUCCAAGGGAGUCUGGAUUUUGACUAAAGCAACAAUGUGGGCUUUUUUUUUUAUACGACUAUUUAUUGUUUAUCACGAAGGACUUGGAGGAGUUUCGUUCUCUAGCAGCUCUGUCCUUUUGUCCUGUUGAGAAAAAAAACCAUGCAUGUGCCUGUUCAGUCAAGACACCUUGUUGUUUGAAAGAGGGAGUCCGAGGGAUUAGUACAAUAGGGUAUUUUGUGUCAUUAACACAAUUCUCUCUGAUGCAACUUAAAGUGCUAAAAUUACCUCCGUUUAAGCGGUUUCUAAUCCAUCUAAUGCUAUGACACUGGGAGCGAGAAACAAAAAUGAUUUCAGAUGCAGUGGGGGAAAAGCUGCUAUUGUGUAGACUAAUUUAGUUUCUAAAUCAAUAAACAGUAUUGUAAUGUUCUAGGAAAACAAAUCCCACCCUUUAAAAGUACUUGAUAAGUACGGUUUCUUAACAGUUAUGACAACUGUUUCUUUCUAUGCAUAUAAAUCAAGCAACCAAAUAUUAUCUGUAGCCAUGGAAAUACGAUUAGAAAUAUUUAUAUUGGAUUCCAAAUACAAAAUGUCCCUGUGGUAGAAUUCAUAUUUUUAAUGCCUGGUGCAAUAUUAUUCCCAAGUGUAAUGCCUGCCAGCAAGAAGCUAAUAAAAAUGUGAGAUACAGAA